AUGGGAACAUAUCCUAGUUGUUUUUGCUGCCCUCAAUCUUAUUCUAAUGGGUAAUAAGAUACUAUAAAUGAUAAUGAAAUGCAUGUGACUUUUUUUAAAUAACCACUUUUUAAUUAAGCUGUUCAGAUCAAUCAAGAUGAUGAUGCUUCAUUACUUGAAAUUAUGGCAACAUAUGAAUAGUUAAUUAUUAGAAAAUCAAUAAGCACAAGCUUUCAUUGCUCUUCUAAUAUUAGAAGUCGUUCGAUCUCGGCUGAUAAUAAAUAAUAAAUGAAUAAAGAAUCUAUUAAGAACGCAAAGCACUUCAAAAGGAGAAAAUUACUAUAUAACAGAUCCUUAAGUGCCAAUUAACUUAUUAACAAUGGAUCGAAACAAUCACACGCAACAUAUAAGCCUACCAGUAUAUUGAAAAAACGAUCUUAUACUCAGGAAUCUCAAUUAUAGAAAAGAUUUAAAAAUAAUAAAGUUUCCUUCUUACCUUUCAUUUUAUAAUGUAAUACUAAAAUCUGA